GCCAAAGUAGAGAUUUGAGCCAUAAAUAUUUUAUUAUGAUAAUUUGCAUUUUUCGUGACUACACCUGCUGAUUUUAGAACAAUAAUAAAUAAUAAAAAAUAAUAAUUUGUUCGCUGGUCAAAUUCGUUUUUUUAAACUUUUUUAAAAAUUUAACUACCUGGAUUUUAUAUUGGUUGGCAGCUGACGCGGAAUCAUCAUGUGGGGUCAUUAUCUCCGGAAAAGGUUCCAAAUUCUGAAACGACGACCAAAAACAUUGCUUCCGGUCGCAGCAGCCUUUUAUUUUUUCAUUCUUGGUUUCAUUCUUGUUCAUCAUAUUUGGAAGUUUGGAGUGGAUAUGUUGAUACGAGAAACGCCAUAUUCACAAUUUACGUAUCCUUUGGCCGUAAGCGAUGAAAAUUUCUACAAAAUCGUGACUAAUUUCCGAGACAAAACCCUCAGCCCUUUCACUCCAACGAAUCAAUACUACUCCAAAAUAGCAAUCACCCCAAGUAAAACUACCUUCGGCUGUGAAAAUGACCACUUCUUCUUCCUCAUCCUGGUUAAAUCUGCGCCUCCAAAUGUCGAAAGUCGCGACGCCAUACGAGCCACGUGGAAAAAUGAGGUGUCCGGAAUUACCACAAAGACGCUAUUUUUCAUCGGUAACUCGAACAAUGGAUCCCACCAGGCUUCCCUGGUUGUUGAAGAGGAACGCUUCCAAGACAUCGUCCGAAUCCAGUAUGACGACACGUAUUACAACAACACCAUCAAAACAGUGACCGAGAUGCGAUUUGCGGCCGAAGUUUGUCCCAAUUUUAACUACGUCAUGUUAAUUGAUGACGAUUACUACUUCUCGGUCCGACAACUGCGACAAUUCACGGAGGAGCAAGAACCCCAUGGAGAAAGGCUUUAUGCAGGAAAUGCACAGUUCACGAAACCUUUGCGGAAUCGAUUUAAUAAUAAAUUUUUCAUCGACUUGGACGAAUACCCUUUCGAUUAUUUUCCAAAAUUUGUAAACGCUGGAAACGUCCUGCUGUCUAAAUCGGCCCUUUUGGAUAUUUACUACGCGACAUUUUUCGUAACUCCGUUUCGCUUUGAUGACGUGUAUGUGGCCAUCUGCGCCAAGAAAAUGGGGAUCGAACCAGUUCAUUCGGAACGCUUUCAGCAUAUGCAAGAGGAUGGGGAUCAGCCGAGGGAGGGCUUGAUCGCGGCGCAUGGCUACUCUCCAGAACGGCUGAGAAUGUAUUGGGAAGUCCAAAAAGAGGCUGGAUUCGUUUAACGGUGGAUUCAUCGCCAUAUUUUUAAC